UCUGGCACAUGUGUGGUUCUUCUCUGCUCACACAGGGUGUAUACGUGUUACACUGAGAGCUGCUCGGCUAUUAUCAUCCUACACACGGAGACAGAGGACUAAAUUGCAGACCUUUCCAACUUGGCACUUGUGUUGGGACGUUGAAGCUCUAUGCCUGACAGAGGAUGGAAACUCUUACAGGAUAUUUCUGCCCUGGCACAGGCAAAGCAGGGAUAGGGGGGUGUGACUUUGGUUUGUGGUUCCCAUACAAAGUGUGUUACUUCAGUAGCCGAUUGGCACAGCAGGGAAAGCCCUGAGAGCACCUGUUCAUCAACAACCACUAAUUCUCCUUGGAACUUGCUAGGAAAUCUGACUGAUAAUCUCUUCUUUGGAACGAGUUCUAAAUUAGGAAUGUGGUUAUCAUGCUUUGUGGGAGGCAAUAAGGAAACUACUAGGUUUGGGGUUAAUACAGAAAAGAAGAGAAGUUGUGUGAGAAGCCACUGAUCAUACAACAAGUCCACCAAAGCCACUCAAGGACCCCCAACCAGAGACCCAAGGGGACCCGUCAUGAUGGCAGUAUUGUUUCUCCUUCUCUGUUCUUCAUUAAUCUCCGCAGGAGUUGCCCUUGAGUGUGAGGUGUGCUCCUCAAGCAGUGGGAGGACCUGCUCGGGUCACUUUGAGAUCUGUAAAGAUCCGCAAAGUCGCUGCAUGGUGACCUUGACUGAGACCUCUCUUGGAGACGUGAAGAGCGCAGUCCUGAAGAAGGCUUGUGGGAGCUCUUAUAACUGCUCUCACUCGGUGAGCCUGAGAACCAAUGGAUACGGGGUGAGAGUGAGCUCCAUUUGCUGUGACACUGACUACUGCAAUAAAGGCACCAUCCCGCUGGUAGCACCCAAUGCCACCCAAAAUGAACUGAGCUGCCCGUCCUGCUUUGCUAAGGAUUCGGAAUCCUGCAACGCUCAGGCCACUGUGAACUGCACGGGAAAUGAGUAUCACUGUGUUCGGUUUUCAGUCUCUAAAGAGAGAGGAUCUACCAUCAGAGUGGCUGGCUGUGCGUCAGAUAGCGUCAUCCAAUCCCAAGGCAAAGCUGCAUUUCGGGGCUCAUCGGUUCAUGUCUCCGGCUUUAGAAGUGGAAACAGUGGAGAAACCCUACAACAAGGCUCAUUGCUGAUAUCACUGACUCUUCUAACAGUUAUGAAGAUGUUCAUGUUGUGAGCCCGUAAUCAAACCCCACUUGGAAAACAUUUAAUAUCCACAUAUUUUUAUAUUUAUGAUUGAAAAUAUAUUUAGCUUUUACAAAAAUAUUUUAUAUUGCAGAGCUCCUUGCCAAACCGAAAGGCUUAGCUCCUCUGCUCUUGAACAAGACAUAUUAACACAGGUCUUAGUAAAUCUUGCACAUUCUGUGACAAUGGUUUUGGAACUACAAAUUACCUAAGAAAUGUUAAAAACCCAAGAGAUUCUGGGGCAGAGACUAAUAGAGGGGCUAUUCAGUAACCUAAUAUGGGACUCAAGGAGGAAAGGUGUAGAGACAAGAACUUAACCUUCUUACUGCUCAUACUGUUCUACUCAGACUGUUCAUGUCCUAUGAUACAGACCUAAGCUUGCUAGCACUUUAUUUCAAACCCAGGUUUAGGCCUGGGUUGACCUAUCUUGUUUAGCUCCAAAUGCCCCAUGCCCCUCCUUGUUCACUAGUUUUCAGGAGAAGCAGUUGUACCUGGAGAAGGUUGUUAUUGACUUGGAACUGGAACCCUCUCUGCAGAUAAACUGUGAGGUGUUGCGUGACUAUCAUGGGCCACCAUUGUAUUCCAAUUUUCCAGGGACUUAAAUGGAAUUAUUGGUUGGGUGGUAAGUCCUUAUGGCAAGGGAUUGUUUGGGAGCAGGCUGAAAUUACUGGAGUCGGACAAAACAAAGCCAAGACAGGACUGAAAGUCAGGAAUGGGAUGAAGCAGGCAGAGAGCCAGGAAUGGAACAGAGUGGGCUUAGAGGUAGGAACAGCACUGGGGAAGGAACAGGACCAAGGCAAGGGAGGGUGAGAGCAAAUAAAAGGCAAGAGAUUGUCUAGGAGCUAGCUGAACUGACUACAGUGGGACAAAACAGAAUCAAGUCAGGCGUGGGACAGAGUGGGUGUAGAGCCAGGAACAGGACUGGAGAAGGAACAGGACCAAGGCAAGGGAGGUAACACCAUAGAAGAGCUAGAGUCAGGGCCAAGAUAGUAGUCAAGCCAAAACUACCUUGGCUCAGGCCAUAAAGUGAUGCAGGAGGAGGGUUUAUGUAGUGCAGAGUAAGAACUGAGUGGCUGGCCAAUAAGUUUGCCGGAUUGAGAUGAAAAGCCAGGUAAAAGGUAACUAGACAGCUUGCCAGCUGCUCCCCUGGCCUAGUGGUCAGGCCACAAACCAGCAAAACCUUAUAAUAACACUAAAUGUUGGGUUCCUUCACUGGCUCAUACAGAACACCCAUUGGAAACGAUACUAUAAGCUGCGGGCAAGGGCAAACAGAUUAUCAAUCCACAGUGCUGACUUUAAGUGUGAUUGCAUUGGUAACUUUAGUCACACCUUAGUGCCCCAGGGAACAGUUGUAUUUUAUAUAACAAAUUACUGCACAUUCCAUUUGUGAUCCAUGGCUUCUCUGUGUUGCUAAUUAACCAGCAUUAGUGUAUAAAUGACUCCAAUGAUAAAUGAUUUCCUGGGAUUAA